UAUCAACACAUAAUUACUGUACGAUUGGCUUCCCUUUGGAAGUGAAGGCAUUGAAUGCCAUUGAAAUGCAUUGAAAUCAUGCAUUGAAUGCAUGACAUGAGCGCCAAUGGACUCCGCUUUGUAGUCAACAAUCACUGGUUGACCGCAUCUCAUGAUCACCGCAUCUGAUCCCUCUGUCUUUGUUCCCCCGCUUGACGUGUGAUAAUCGGUGCCGAAGACAAUGUCGGGUAACUUGAAGUCAGUGAUCGGCAACGUUAAGGAGUUGGUCAUCAAAAUCAAGACCAAACGUGACUUCAUUUUGCGUGAGUUGGACGGAAGACAAUGCGUGGACACCCGACUCAUGGAACUGUUGCUCAACUCGUUUGUGGACCAAAUACUGGACGGACAAGAUGUGAAGCCCGAGGCGGACAUUGUGGCCAAUAUCAGGAACUAUAGGCAGUGCUCUCAUCCCAACGCCGGCUCAGCCGCCGAUCCGGAGCUCAAGAAACAGAUCAAACACUUGGAGACCAAACUGGAAAUCGAGAAGAGCGACAAUCAGUCACUGCAUAGACGUCUUCAGACGUUUGGGGCGAAAGAAACUGAUUAUAAGAAACUAAUUAAAACGCUUACCGAACGGAUCGAGAAAUAUAAAGCGAAUGAAACUAAACUCAACACUCGUAUUAAUGAGUUGAGCAGUAGAUCCGAUGCCGACACGAGUGACCAAUCGAUUGGCGAACGUCUCAGAAAUGGUGGUCACGAAGAGCUCGCGAGACGAAGGAUUUCGUUUCAGGAAAGCCCUCAAAAGGCGGAAAAACCACCAGAAGUGCCGCCAAUAGUGCCACGAGUAGUGCCACCAGUAGUUCCAUUAGUAAUUGCACCAGAAAUACCACCAGAAGUGCCCAUAGAUUCAGAUUCAGACUCAGACCAAGAGGAUCAGUUGAUUAAGAUGUGUUUGAGCUCAAAGCCGUUUAUCAAAAUGGGCACCAAAAUCAAUCCGACUCUCAUUGAUGUUGAGACUGACGAAGAGACCAUUGAUAUUGAAGAGGAGGACAACAAUACGUCCAACGAGUCAAACGAGUCGGUUGUGGUCACUGAGAGGCCCACGCCGUCGGGACAGACGAACGGAAAUCAUCGGCCAAUGCGUGCCGACAACAGUCCCAAAGGAAAGGGUCCCAAAUACUCGGUGCGACACACGGAGAGGGGUUGCGUGUGCUAUGAGUGCAACACUACUGGCUGUGACUUUAUGACCCUAUCAUUGAAACACGUGCGCUAUCACUGUCGCAACGAGUGCGCCGGCCUUCAGUCGCCGGUGUGUCACAUGUGUAACCUGUCGUUCGCUUCCCAGCCGGAGCUCGACCUACACCUGUCCACAGAACACAUCGUUAACUCUCGUGUUUCCCAACCGCCGCCCAUUGCCAAGACAUCGCCGCCCGACGUGCGCACCGCCACUCACGGGUCGCGCACUCGUGUGAUGUCCGACCGUUGCGAACGACAGUUGCGUCGGAAUCGCAAACAAACGCAACUCUUCGCCCCUGUGUUCCCACCGAAGAGAGUGAAACGCGAGAUCUUCUGAUAACUUGCGGUGAUUUCUUCGCACGUUUUGUUGAAUUACAAAUUCAUGUCAUGUUUUGCGGUUCACUAUUACUAAACAAUC